AUGUUACCCUUACCUGCUGCUUUCGCCGGUUUGUUGAGAAGCAAUUGCCCUAGGUUUUUGAGAUAUCAAAAUUAUGCAACACGAAAGAGAUUUUAUAGGGGUACUGGAGUAAUUCAAAGCGAAAAGAAAUGGGAAGUUACUUUAGACCACCGGAGACUGAAAACUCCUAAUGGCCAAGUCUUGAUGGUAAAUAGUGAACCUCUAGCUCGAGCUAUUGCAGCAGAAUGGGAUGCCCAAACUGAAGUAAUCACACAACCAACCAUGCACCUGACUUCACUAUGCAACACUGCACUAGACAAUCCUGGAAAGUUAACACCACAUGACAUAGCAAUUUACUUUCUAGAAUACUUUUCUACAGACACUCUUCUGUUUUAUUCUGAUGAAGAAGAAGAGUUACGAAAAUUACAAGAAAUAAAAUGGGGACCUAUAAUAGAUUGGUUCCAAAAAAGAUUUGAUGUGGUCCAAGAGGUAUCUAAAGGUCUUGAACCACCACCUGUAACAGCCAACACUAGAGCAGUUUUAGCUAAAUACUUCUUGUCAUAUGACUUUCCUGCACUUACUGCAAUGUCAUUUGGUGUGGAAGCUUUGAAAUCACCUUUGCUGAUGCUGGCUUGUGUAGAGCGACGCCUCGAUCCAAAGGAAGCAGUCCUUUUGGCUCGCCUAGAAGAAGAAUAUCAGUUAAUGAGGUGGGGGCGCGUCCCGUGGGCUCACGAGUUAAAUCAAGCGGAGCUGACUGCGCGUGUGGCCGCUUCUUUGUUAGUCAUCCACAGCUCUGUGGAACACCACUCGGCAAAAGCGAAGGCAACGCCUGAACGAAUGAGUCAAUAA